AUGUCCUUUAAAUUUAAUAACGAAAUCUUUGAAAACAAAGAUUUUAAUAAAAUAAUUAAAGAAAAACUAAAUAAGGCGUAUCAAACAAAAAGGAAUAACACUAAUUCUAGCAGCACUAAUGGCACUAAUAGCGGCAGCAACAUUUUGAAAAAUGGCAUAACAGUGACUAAUGUUGAUUUUCCAACACCCCCUUCACUAGAAAUAUUAGAUUUAGCUCUUGUACCUAAAUCUGUAUUAAAAGGAAUAGCUAAAGUUUUAUUGAGUAAUGCCACCAUCGAGAUAUCUACCACCAUUGAAGCCAAUUUAUUACUAUUAUAUACUAAUAAUAGUACUCCCGAUUUUAUUUCUCCAGAUAUAGUAUGCAAUGAUUCCUUUACCGUCCCUAUAAACAUGACUUUUAGCAAUAUACAUUUAGAAGCAAUAAGUAAUAUAUCUAUGGAUCGUAGUGGUAAUAGUGGGUCUCAAGGUACAGGUUUAGGCGUUUCCUUUAAUGAUGUCAAUUUAGAUUUUGAUUUUUACUGUAGUAUUAAACUGUUACAAUCUUCUAUUGAAAGAAGAUUGAAGCAGGCCAUGGAUAGUGUAUUUAAAGAUGUCUUGCCCUCCGUUAUUUUUAAUUCAACAAUGAAACUUUUUUCGAAGAAGAAUGGUAUUACUGGGAAGAAAAAUAAACGCUCCAUUAUUAACGGCUCCAACAAUUCAGAUAACAUUAGUGCUGCCGUUACACUUAUAAAUUCUUUUGAAUUGGAGGAUUUGAGUCCAGUCACUUUAUUGAAAUUAAGCACUAUGGUAUCUUCCAGAAAUUCCUUAUCUUUGUUACCUUCCAAGAAGGCCCAAGUUGGAUGUUUGGAAAGACCAAAUUUAUAUAAAUACAUUAUGUUGAAUAAAAAUAAUUCCCAACAUUUGUCAACGUGCUUUGGGAAAAAUAGUACCACGGCAGACAGUAGUAGGACAGAUAACUUGUUGCCCAAUAAUAUCGAUCUAAGUGUUGAAAAUAUUAUAAAGAUAGCCGAUCUACAAACAUCCAUUUAUAAAAGAGCAGGCAAAAGACAUAAUAAUAAAGUAAGAAGAAGAAAAAUUGUAUUAAAGCAUGAUACUAAUAACACUACUAAUGCUACUAGUCCUCAUCCUGUGCUUCCAUCUAAGGAACUAUUGGGCAAUAAAUUGUCAGUAACACCCACUCCUAUAUUGAAAACACCAAUUAAAAUUAAAGAUUUUAAGAAUAUGGUGGGAAUAACUGGUGGGAAUACUCCUGCUUCGCCUAGUGUAAACAUUGGCAGUAGUAACAAUAAUAUAAGAGAAGUUUCUUUGGAAAUAGAUGAGUAUUACGAUGAUAAUGAACAUACUAUUUCAUCAAAUAAUAAUGAUGGUUAUGGAACAAAUAACAAUUUGUUGUUUACAUUGGACGAAGACAAUGCUUUUGAUACAUGUUAUUUCGAUGCGAAUUAUAUUGGUGAUGGCAAACAUACUUGUAAGGCAAAUAAUAAUUUAUAUCAUACUAAGAAUAAUAUUUUAUCCAAUCCAUUUACAAGACAACAUUAUUCAUUUGUGGGUAUACCAACUAUAACAACUGCAACUACUACUACUACUACUAAUAAUAAUAAUAAUAAUAAUAAUGACUAUAUACCCGAUGAAAAGAGCGGUAAAAUUGAUAACGAAACAGGCAUAUUGAGAACGGAAAAAAUAUUUGUUGGAAACACAAACGUUAAUCAACAACACCACCCACCGCCCCCAUACACAAAGUAA